AUGGUUAAUAAGCAAACAGAAAACAACAAGAAGAAGCUCAGCCUGAAUAGCCCGAAGUUCAAGACGCCUGAAAUCCGGAGUCCAAUGUACGGCAAAUCCCAGGGUAGCACCACACGGAGUAGAUCCAGGAGUGAAGGUGACCAGAAGAAUGUUAACUCAACAUUAGCUACCACACCGACAAGUUCAGAGAACCGAAGCCUUCUGCAAGUAUCCCUUCUCAACCGCACGGGAGUAUCACCAGGAAUAUCACCACUAGCAACCCCCUUCUCAGAUACUGAAGCAGAGACCUCAGCCUCAGACAGCAACAGUGCAUCACCGAAACCCAAGCCCAAGAAGAGCAAAUGCCCCUGCAAGGCAACUUCAGGCGGGAAGUCUUGGCUCUUGACAUGUUCGCGCUGUAACCAAGUCUGGCAUUCUGCUUGUGCAAACCUUAAGGGCAGUGAACUAGCUGGCCAGAAAGCCAUUGAUGAAAUACUUAAGAGUUGGGAAUGCCCUUGGUGCUACACAUGCCCUCAUCCCUGCCCAAAAACACAUAAGUCUGCCAAACUUGCAUUAAAACUGGAGUCUUUAUCAGAAGCAAAUCAGGUGUCAGCAUCAGUUAUUGAAUCUCUUGACGGCAUGCUUAAGGCAAGAUUUGCAGAAAUCACCCAACCAUCCAACAAUCUGAUUGAUAGUAUCCAGAAACAACUCAGCUCCCUGUCAGAUCAGGUAAAGUCCAUGCAGAUCCCUCAGGCACCACCCCCACCACCCUCUGAUAUGCCCUCCACGUAUGGACAGCAGCAUCAUCCAAGAGCACCUCCAUCAGUUCCAAGGAUUGAAGUAAAGGAUACCCCCCUUACUCAUAAUUUUAAAUGCAUAGAAGGGAUAAAGGAAGAUUUCUUAACUCCUGAUGAAGAGAUGGAGCUCACAGACUUUCUCAAAGCUGAGAGUUUCACUAAAGAAGGUAAGCAUGCCACAAUCCAGUAUGGCCAACAUUACCACUACAUGGGUGCAAAAUCGGAACCAAAGCCCAUGCCCACCCUGAUUGGCAACAUCAUGAAACGUCUUAACACUGAAUUCUCCUCCACACACCCCCAGAAACAGUUCCACUAUGACCUAAACUCCUGCCUGGUUAACAGGUAUGCAGAUGGGAAUGAAGCACUUCCUGAACAUUCAGACAACGAGGGAGACAUUAAUCGGGUGUCAUCGAUAUUCACAGUUUCCUUAGGCUCAUGUCGAACACUUAGCUUUCGUGAAACUUCUACAGAUAAGAUUACGGAGAUAAAAUGUCAGGGUAGAAGCAUGUACCAUAUGACAAAAGCAAGCCAGGAGUUUUUUAAACACUCAAUCAAGCCUGAAACGUCUGAUGAAGUAGGAAUGCGAUAUAGUCUAACCUUUCGCUCAAUCCACUGGUCAAAUUUUAACUCCACAGUGCUUGUUGGAGAUUCAAACUUUGGACAAAUCAACUUUGGUACAGGUCGUGGAAAGAUGGGACAAGCCACCCCUGGAGUUCGCCUCUGGGCAGCUACGGUUGAGGAGAUCGAUCCCUUGUCUUGUGUAGGUUACAGAAACGUUGUCAUCAUGGAAGGAACCAACAAUUUAAAAGUAGAUGGAACGGAUGAGAGAGAGUUGUAUACCAAGUAUAAGAACAAAAUCGCUCAGAUUAGGAAAUACAACCCACGUUGUAAACUGAUAAUCUGUCCUGUGCUGCCAACAAGGUCGCAUAAGAUCAAUCGAAAAGUUAAUGUUUUUAACCAGUAUUUGUACAACGAUCUCAGUCAAUCUAAUCUUAAAGUUCUAAUUGUUGAUAGCUUUUUGACAUUUCUAGAUAAAAGCACCAACCUGCUUAAGAACAGUCUAGCUAAGUCUGAUGUGAAUGAUAUUCUUCAUAUUAAUGGCAAGGGCGUUGGUGCACUAGUCAAGUUAAUUAAGAACUGUAUUUUUACAUCCAAGGAUCAUAACAAGUUAGUAGGUAGUAGAUUGUACAGCAACACACUAAGAGGAGGACCGCCAGAUGCAGUCUGAUAUAAAUGUUUAAGAUUAACUCAACUAAGGAGAAAUGCGGAUGCUGUAGCAAAAACAUUAAUAUUGGCCAAAGAUUUCUUGAGUGCCAAAGUUGCCAAAAUAUUAUCCACAAAAUUUGUUUCAAAACAUCUGAAUUCAAGCUGACUGAUUCCAUACUUCUCUGUAAAGUUUGCUCAAAAAGAGAAAACUUAAUUUACAACCCGUUUAAGGACCUUUGUACCACAAAUGAGGAUCUCUUCAAGGAUAGCGAGAAUGACAAAUUUUACUCCGAAAAUUGGUCUGAGGCUAUUGGAAGUCUUCAGACUGCCUCCUCUAUCUUGGACAAAUGCAGCUAUUAUAGAUUGAAAUCCUUACACCAGCACACCCCUGAAAACUCUGGCUUAAAAACUUUAUUUUACAACAUUGAUGGUAAUAAAUCGAAUUUCGACUUAUUCCUCUCGGAACUUGCCACUCAAAAAACGAAAUUUUCUAUUCUAGCUUUAGCGGAAACAAAUACAGAUGCUGAGAACUGUGAUGUUUAUGCACUUGAUGGAUAUUCACACUUUUACGGAGAUAAACUCCAAGGCAAAGCUAAAGGCUCAGGCGUGUGCUUGUAUAUUCAUGAUUCCCUAAAUGCAACAAUUAAUGACCAACUUUGCACAAUCACACCAAAUUUAGAAACCCUAUAUGUAACUAUCAACCAUGGAGAUAGCAAACUCAAUGUUGGGGUGUUGUACAGAUCUCCAAACGGAGACUCAGUCAAAUUUGAUGAAGAAUACACACAAUUAAUGUCCAAAUUUCCAAAAAAUGCAAAAACUAUAACUCUUGGAGAUUUCAACUACGAUUUGCUUAAAAAUCAGAGUAAUAAAAAACAGGUUCAGAAUUUCGAGAACACUAUGCUCUCUUAUGGUUA